AUGCCAAGGUCACGUAGUCGUGAACGUGAUAAUAGACGAAGGGAUAGAAGCAGAAGUCGAGACCGAAAAAGUCGGUCAAGAAGUAGAGAUCGUGACAGAAGACGUGACUAUAAGCGACGAGACAAAAGUGUUGAAAGAUACAGAGAUAAAAGAGACAAAAAGGAAUCAUAUAGACGUAGAUCCAGAGACAAAUCACUUGAAAGACACAAAAACCGAUCACCAGAUAAGGAUAGGGACAGGGAUAGAAAAAGGAGAGAUUCGCGUGACAAACGACGAUCUACAAGUCGCUCAAAGAGGCUAAGAAGUGAAAGUUCAGAACCUAAGGCAUCACAAAGUUCCAAGACUCAACCAGAUUCCGUAAAACCUAUAGUUAUAAUAGCAAACACGAACAAGAAGAAUAAGCAUAAAAAUCAUAAUAAUGGAACAACUAAUGAUAAUGAUCUUCGAGAAUCGUUUGAGAUUGCAAAUGAAUUUUCAGCAGAAGGUUUUGAGCAAUUUAGUCGUGAUCAUGGAAUUGAUUUUGAUAAAGUUGAGACAGACGAAGAUCGAAAUGCAGUUCAUGAGAAAAUGGAAGAACUUUUAAAGGCACAUUUUGCAGCACAAGGAAAAAUAUAUCCACCACCUAAGCCAGAAAAGCCAAUAAUUAAUGUUGCCACAGGAUUUGCUAAUGAUGGAUCAUUUUUAGAACAAUUUAAAAAGAUGCAAGAUGAAUAUAAGCAGCAACAAGAGAUGGAAAAGAAACGCCAAACAUUGGAAAAUAAAUUAAGAAAUUUGCCAUCAAGUCGAAGACGAGGUGCUAAAAUUCUCAAAACUGGCUUAGUUGCAAAGACAAUCGUUACGUCAGAAGGAACUAUAACAACAAAUUCUUACGACUCUUACUACAAGGAAGUUCAAAAAUAUAAAAGCGCCUCGUCAUGUGAUAAUGAUUCGAAAACGCGACCACUCGUCAAAUAA